AACAACCCCAGCUCCCUGCUCUCACUCUGACUCCUCUGCAGACCAGCACCAGCACCAGCAGACGUCAAGAAUACAAGUUUUUAUUAUCAGUGUUGUAGUCAAGACCACCUGAACCGAGACCAUUUCAAGUGUUUCAAGACCAAGACUUUGAGUGGUUAAGAUCAAGACCAAGACCAGGCAGUAUAUAGUCUACUCAGAAAUGGCUUCCAGCAACAGUCUCUUAUCUGAGGAACAGUUUCUUUGUCCCAUCUGCCUGGAUGUGUUCACUCGGCCAGUUUCCACCCCAUGUGGACACAACUUCUGCAUGUCCUGUAUCACAACCUACUGGACAGACAACCCGGUCUGUCAGUGUCCCAUCUGUAAGGAAACAUUUGAAAGGAGGCCAGAUCUCAAGGUCAACACUUUCAUUUCAGGGCUUGCAUCACAGUUCAUGUCACUUCAAGUGGCAGAGGCUCACAUCUUUAGUUCAGGGCAGCAGCAGGCGGUGCACUGCUUUGGUGGUGCGGUGCCGUGUGAUAUUUGCACUGACAUCAAAGAACAGGCAGUCAAAUCCUGUCUGGAGUGUCUGACUUCGUACUGCAACAUUCAUCUGGAGCCUCAUCAUAGAGCUUCCGGACUGAAGAGACACACACUGGUUGAACCCUUGGCAAGUCUUGAGGACCGGAUUUGCAAGGUGCAUACCAGACUCCUGAUACUGUUCUGCAGAAACGACAGCGCUUUGCUGUGUGACAUCUGCGUCAGUUCGCGCCACUUGAACCACGAUGUCAUUCCUGUAAAACGAGCGUACACAGAGACAAAGACUAUGCUGGGGGAAGCAGAGGCCAAAGUAAGUCAGAUGAUCCAGGAAAGGCUGCAGAAGGUCCGAGCCAUGAAGGAGUCAGUAAAACAAAGCAAGACGGAAAACAAAGAUGUGAUAGCAGACAGCGUGCAGGAUUUGAUGGUGCUGGUGUCUGAGAUUCAGAAGAGCCAGGCGGAGCUGGUAAAGGUGAUGGAGGAGAAACAAAAAGCAGCAGAAGAUCAAGCAAAUGGGUUUAUUAGCAGUAUGGAGCGGGAGAUCACCGAGCUGCAGAGGACAAUGAUGAAGCUCCAGGAGCUAAAACAGACUAAAGACGAGAUUUGCUUUCUCCAGAGCUUCCCAAACACAUCCCUCCUACCACACACGAUGGACUUGUCCACGUUCAGUUAUAACAGGAACGUGGAGAUUCAUCAAGUGAAGAAAUCUUUGAGCAAAUCACUGUCUCAGCUGCAAAUCCUGCUGAAUAAGAUGAACACGGAAAUAAAGCGAUUCUCCGACGGCACAUUUCUGUCAAACGAUGCGACGCUGAGAUACAUGCAGCAGUAUGAAGUGGACGUCGUGCUCGAUCCUGACACAGCUCACCCUCUGCUCAUUUUAUCUGAUGACAGGAAACAGGUGAGGUACAGCAUGGGUUCCGGUUUGUGGGGAACCAAGAUGCUGAACCCAAAAAUGUUUACCGAACAUCUCGCAGUUCUGGGAGAGAGAGGCUUCUCAUCACGUAAGCUUUAUUUUGAAGUGUUUGUGGGUGAAAAGACUGAAUGGUGUCUGGGCAUGGCCAAGGCCUCGGUCCAGAGGAGAGGGACAAUUAUUCGGUGUUCUCACAGUGGACUCUGGGCCAUCUGGUUCCUCGAAGAUAAGUUUGAAACCUUCAGUUCUCCAAACGUGCCGGUAUACUUGGGAAAAGUGGAGCGGGUCGGAGUAUUUGUGGAUUAUGAUGGAGGGCAAAUUUCUUUCUAUGACAUACAGACCACAACACUUAUUUACUCGUAUACUGAAUGUUUAUUUACUGAAGAACUGUAUCCGUACUUUAAUCCUUGUGAUAAUGAAUACGGUUCAAACUUGGAGCCAAUGAUAAUUGUUCCUGUCAGUUGUAGAGAGUGAACAGAGACUCUCUGAUUUGUGGGUUGCUUACUAAAAUACAUCAGAUGUGUUUAAUUGCAAAAAAAA